ACACACAGUUGUAGCAGAGCUUCUCAUUAUAUUAUCCACACGCAUAGAAAAUACUAAAAUCUGUCUCUUCUCUUUGUAUUUUUAGCUUCUUGAAAUUAUUAAGGAAGGUGAUCUAAUCCCAGAAAAUAGCUGCUCUUUUUCCUGUUUUAUAAACUAGAUACAGACUAAUUCCAAUUGGGUUUUGUUUUUCUUUUUCUCUCUCCUUAACGACCCUAAUUUGCAGUCCUAUAUUUGUAUAUUGGUAUAUAUCUUCCAUCUCCUUUUUGUGGAGUUCUUUUGAUAUGGCAAUGACGAAGACCUUGUCUAUGAUCUCACGAACUGGAAGAGAUUUGCAGAGAUACAACGAUGGCUGUCGUCAAGUUGUUGGAUGCAUUCCGUACAGAUACAGAAAAACCAACCAAUCAUCUACAGUUCAGGGGACCCAAAUUGAUGAUUUGGAAUUUUUAUUGAUCAGCUCACAGAAGAGUCCAAGAUGGAUGUUCCCUAAGGGUGGUUGGGAAACUGAUGAGGCAUUAGAAGAUGCAGCUUUAAGAGAGACCUUUGAGGAAUCUGGGGUUAUUGGUGAGGUUGAGGUUCAUGAAUUUUUAGGUACUUGGAAUUUCAAGAGCAAAAGCCAAGGCACAUUUCAUGAGGGACACAUGUUUCCUUUGCUUGUCACUGAUGAACUUGAUGAUUGGCCUGAGAAAACUGUCCGAAAACGAUUAUGGUUGAAAUUUAGUGAAGCAAGGGAAGUAUGUUGGCAUUCUUGGAUGAAGGAAGCUUUAGAUGUCUUUGCUUCUAAGCUUACAAAGAGAAACAAAGAAGAAGAAGAGCCUCAGACAUGCGCUUUCGAUGAAUUGUCCUAUGAACAGACAAUUGGUGCUGUAUCUGACCCAAUGUUUUGUGUAGAACCAAGAAUCAGCAUAGAAGCUAAUGAUUUGACAUGUGAAGAGCUAAGAAUUAGCCUUGUAGGUAAGCUAAAGUUCAAUCAAGAAUCAAGAACAAAGCCCUUGUUCGAUGAAAUUAGUAAUGUAGCAAACUCAAUGUUCAGUGAAGAAGCAACAAUGAGCACUAAAGCCCAGCAGAUGUUCAACGAAGAAAUGGGAAAUGGCCAUGUAACUCCAAUGUUUGGUGAAGGUAAAAGAAUAAGCAUUGCUGCUUUCAGCUAGCAAACAAAUGAAGGAGAAACCUCAAGACUUUUAAGAACCACGGACGCCUAUCCAGCAGAAUUCUCGACGAGGUGGAGGCCAAGAAUCAGCAUAAUAUAAAGGAGAAAGAAAGAGCCUUGGAACCUUGUUAAGAGAAAUUUUGGUGACUUAAAGUGCAGGAAUUGGCGUUAUAGCGCACAAUCUGCAAAAGAAAGGAAGAAUAGCCUUUUGAUGCAGUUACAAGCAGCAGUAUUAUGGACCAGAGAAAAGAACCCUUCAAUCCCUGCCUGAUAGAAUUCUCAUAUUGUCACUUUAGCCAGAUAUAAGCAGAUGGUCUGAAGAGCAACUUAUAAAUCCAGUUUCUCAAACUCCAGAUUAGAGAAGAUGACAUGAGAUCUAUCAGGAUAGAGAGAUUUAGAGGUUAAAUCCAAAAGUUUCUAACUUCAUUCUUUAAUUCUUUCAUACUCAUUCAUUCUUUGUUAGCUUUUUCUAACUUAAGUCGAAUAAAUGUACAUCAGCAAUCGUUUGAUUGUGCGUAAAGAACACUAGAAUUGAAAGAAAGACUGUGUCUUUCGUUUGGCAUUACAAAUUCUUCUCUAGUUUGUUGGCAUAACCCUGUUCAUUCAAUUAUUGAACUAUAUAAUAAUGGAUGUGAAGUUCUUGA